AUAGCUCUGGUGUCAAUCAUUUUUCUCAGCCAUCGCCAUAUUGGGAUCCUAAGAGUUUCGUCUGCUCCUUCCAUUCUCUUAUUGGACUCAGAGGAGAUAUUGACAGGGUGUCGUUUGUUUUUUGGCAGCUUUGGGUUUUGCCGUUGCAGCUUUGAUGGUGGUUACCCGCGCAUCGCCGCACCGACUCGCCGCUGUUACCGUCGGGGAAGGGCUGCUUCUUUCUGCGCACGGCAUGCCUGCGUUUGCGGCGAUCGCUGCCGAUACGCCAGCUUUGGAUCGUGCUUGAAUCGGACGAGGGGGAAAUACGUGGUAUUUUUCUGCAGCGCUUUUGGGUGCUUCUGUUGUUUUUCCCCUUUUUUCCCUCCCAAACACGGAAAAUGUCAGAUGUGCGGCUCUCGAAUGGGAGUCCUCCCCUGGAGAGGAUGGAGGCGCGGGUGUCGGACUUCCCCAAGCCGUCAGCCUGCAGGGUGCUGUUCGGGAUGCCGAACCAUGAGGAGCUGCAGCGGGAGUUAAGCGAGCGCCUGCGGGAGAUCGAGGAGGCCAAAAGCGACAAGUGGAAUUUCGACUUUGCGGCUCAUAGGCCGCUUCCGCCCGGGAGGUACAAGUGGGAGCCGGUGGACGACGCCCCCGAGUUUUACGGCGGACCGCGCUGCACGCCAGCGGACUCCCGGCCAGCGGACGCCGCUGCGGAGAUCGGCGUGGAUGUUAAUGGACACAGCGGCCCGGUGCUGGAGGACCCCGGAGCCAGGCCGCCUGAACACAUCUCGGACGGACAAACGGACCGCACGGAGCUGGCGACGAGUCAGAAGAGAAAGCGAGCGAGUGCCGAUCGCUCGUCGCAAAAAAAACGAUCGCGGAACAGUUCGGAUGAAGUUGCUCGUAACCCAGUUGUCCCCCAUUCGGUUGAAAACACACCCAGGAAAUCCAGCCCAAAGACACAAACGUGAGCAUUACGCUGAAGAUAAACAACGAUGUCACAGAAUACUUCAGUAAAAAAUGAACUGCAGACGGAUGAGGGGAGCAGAUCCCAUUCGGACUCUUCCAAGGAUGUGGAGACUUGCAGACACUGAAUUUAAACACUAACAGUCUGGCACUCAGCAAAAGUUAAUCUGCCUCUAUAGCAGUAAAUGUAGCAAUUUGCAGUUAGCCUCUGCUAAUUUUGGCCGUUUUUUUUUUUUUUUUUUAACUACCUGUGUAUAUAUUUUUCUAUUCAUAUGUAGCACAUAAACGUUUUUAUUAUGGAGAUUUUUUUUUUCCUUUGUAUAAAAGUGUGAAUUUUUGAUUUGACUUGAAGGCUUGCAGUGUGGUUCUCAGAAUAUUGCAAAAAAAAAAUGGAAGGUGUCAAAUCCUUUUCUAUAUAAUUUGCAUGGAAGCGAUGCAAACAAAAUUUACAAAUCAGGGUGUGUUCACGAUCCUGGUAUAAUUUAUUAUUCUGUCAAAGUGAAGUUCUUUUGCUUUUUAAGACAUGUACAUGAUAAGAGUUCCAGUACAGGAUUUAAUUUUGGUUGGCUGGCUAAUUCGAUCUUUCUCUGGACACAUUAAUGGUGAGUCCGUUUUUUUUCAGUUGGAGGGGGGUGUGUAGGUGGAAAAACAUACACAAACAUAUCUAUAGUUAAUGCCAUUCUUCCUUAGUCUGAAUAAACUAAUCAUUUAGAGCUGGAGCGUCAGUCGUAAUUUUCUUUAAUAAAGCCUUAUAAUCCUGGCACCUUGUGAAUAUCAGAGUUGGCUUUUAAAAAUCUACUUUUAAUUGAAGUUAAAUGCAUACGGUCAACAUCUACAGUAUUAAUUGUACAUUGGCCAUGGCUGUUUAAACAGUCUUAUUUAUACGUAAUGUUUUGGUUGAGUUGUCCUACUGAACAUACAAUACGUUGUAACUAAAAUAUUGUGUUUUUUUUAAUUUAAUGAUAGUAUAUUUACCCUCAGACUGACUUAAAAUUACACGAUUGAAGAUUUUUCUGCCCAAGAGCACGAAUCAGCAAAAUGUAUAUUUUAAUGUAUGCAUCCACAGUACCCCAUUAUUAUUUGUAUUUUUUUGUUUUUCCCUCUUAAACCCCCCCCCCCCCCCCCCCCAAAUAAGACUUGGCACUAUUAUUCAUGAGGAAUUAUUUCUUACACUGCAUGUGUACUUGUGUAAAACAGGACCGUGUACCUGUGUACAUAACUGUAAAAACACUGAGAAAACUAACUUAUUUAUGUUUUUUUUCUUUUCUUUCUUUAAACGGGUUGGGUUAUUCUCCGCAUGUUUUGUGUUUUUUUUUUUGUUUUUUUUUUUUUCCCUUGUUUAAAGCGCUUAUUUUUUUUGUAAUUGGUUGGUAGUAUUUCUUUAAGAUUUUUUUAAACAGAUCAUAUAUGGUUGCAGACUGAGCCUUUAUUUGAUAUUUGCAUUUUGAAUUGUGUGUGUGUGUGCGCGCGUGUGUACGUACGUGUGUGUGUGUGUGUGUGUGUGUGUGUGUGUUGUGCUCCUUUUGUUACAAUCAAUUAAAAAAGAUUUGGCAAAUGA